UGCGUCUCUUUGUUGGCCCAGCAGCAGCAGCAGCAGCAGCAGCAGCGUCGCUCCUAUGUUGUUGUUUUCUCUGCUGCUAGAAAACCUGGAAUGCUAGCAAGCUAAAGAAGCAUUCUCGUCUGGUUCUGUUCUAUCUGCCAGAUAAAACACGUCAAACGUGUGGCUACAUUAAACGCAGCCCAGUCAUGGACUCGGACGAGGGUUACAAUUACGAAUUCGACGACGAGGAAGAGGAAUGCAGCGAAGACAGCGGCGAAGAGGAGACCGCGGACGACACACUGGAGCUCGGCGAGGUGGAAUUGGUUGAUCCCGUUGUGGCCGGCGGAGAGCGAGACGACUGCGGGGAGACGGGAGGCAGCGGCCUCGGGCCCGGUCAGGAUGAGGAAGACUACCGCUUUGAAGUUCUAACCGCCGAACAGAUCCUGCAGCAUAUGGUGGAGUGUAUCAGGGAGGUCAACGAGGUCAUCCAGAAUCCUGCUACUAUCACUAGAAUAUUACUUAGUCAUUUUAACUGGGACAAAGAAAAGCUGAUGGAAAGGUACUUUGAUGGUAACCUGGACAAGCUAUUUUCAGAGUGUCACGUUAUAAACCCCAGCAAGAAGUCUCGGACACGUCUCAUGAACACAAGAUCGUCUGCACAGGAUAUGCCAUGUCAGAUCUGCUAUCUCAACUAUCCUAACUCGUACUUCACUGGUCUGGAAUGCGGGCACAAGUUCUGCAUGCAGUGCUGGGGUGAUUACUUAACCACCAAAAUCAUAGAGGAAGGAAUGGGACAGACCAUUUCUUGUCCUGCUCAUAGCUGUGAUAUUUUGGUGGAUGACAACACAGUCAUGCGACUGAUUACAGAUUCAAAAGUGAAGUUGAAGUACCAGCAUUUAAUAACCAAUAGUUUUGUAGAGUGUAACAGACUGUUAAAAUGGUGUCCAGCACCUGACUGUCAUCACGUUGUCAAAGUACAGUACCCAGAUGCCAAACCUGUACGGUGCAAGUGCGGUCGGCAGUUUUGCUUCAACUGUGGAGAAAAUUGGCACGAUCCAGUGAAGUGUAAGUGGUUAAGGAAAUGGAUUAAAAAAUGUGAUGAUGACAGUGAGACAUCAAACUGGAUUGCAGCAAAUACAAAGGAAUGUCCAAAAUGCCACGUCACCAUAGAGAAGGAUGGGGGCUGCAACCAUAUGGUGUGUCGGAACCAGAACUGCAAAGCAGAAUUCUGCUGGGUUUGCCUGGGACCCUGGGAGCCUCAUGGCUCUGCUUGGUACAACUGUAAUCGUUAUAACGAGGAUGAUGCCAAGGCAGCCCGGGAUGCUCAAGAGCGCUCUAGAGCAGCCCUGCAGAGGUACCUGUUCUACUGCAACCGCUACAUGAACCACAUGCAGAGCCUGCGCUUCGAGCACAAGCUGUACGCCCAGGUCAAACAGAAGAUGGAGGAGAUGCAGCAGCACAACAUGUCGUGGAUCGAGGUGCAGUUCCUGAAGAAGGCCGUGGACGUGCUGUGCCAGUGCCGCUCCACACUCAUGUUCACCUACGUCUUUGCAUUCUACCUCAAGAAGAACAACCAGUCUAUCAUCUUUGAGAAUAACCAGGCAGAUCUGGAGAAUGCUACAGAGGUUCUCUCUGGAUACCUGGAACGAGACAUCUCCCAAGAUUCUCUGCAGGACAUUAAGCAGAAAGUACAAGAUAAAUACAGAUACUGUGAGAGCAGACGGAGAGUGCUGCUGCAACACGUACAUGAAGGCUAUGACAAAGACCUGUGGGAAUACAUCGAGGAUUGAGGCUACAUACCACAGACUCUUGGAGACAAACUCCACCCACUAGAGCACUGAUGCAAUGACAAAUGAGCAGCACAGACCUCCGCUGCCUCCUCCCUGGCAAACCCCCCUGCAUUGCAUAAUUUUUUCCAGAUUUUUGUUUCAAGAAAAGCAUAAGAAAUGAUAUUUCAAUGAAAGAGUUAGAAUAUUCUAAAUAAAAUAAUACAUAUUCAACAGUAUUGUUAGCAGGGUGAAGCGCAAGAAUGGGAAAUCCAACAAAAAGGCAAAAUAUCUUCCUUUUGCUUGCAUUGUAAGAUCUUGCCCUCAGAAAUCUUUUCCCUCCUUAUCAGUUUUGUUUUUGGACGUGUUCUGUUUGACUUAUUUACUCUUUUUGUGUGUGGAAAAUGGACUUUGUUUUCACAAUGGCUUUAAUCAUUCUGACCAUGUCUGGUGAGAUCUGUGUUUGGGUUUGCUGAAGGUUGAUUGUAAGGAGGUGACUUUUCAGCUUGCAGACGUUAGUGGAAUUGUACACAAGAAACACCAAAAAAAAAAAAAAACUAAAGACAAAAUGUAUUUUUCAAUUUGUAAAUAAUGCAUAUGCAUGGAAGUUAAAAAGUAAGAGUGGCAUGUGUUUGCAUCAUUUUUUAAAAAGAUAUUUAUCUUUACAGAUUAAAAAAAAUAAUGUAUAUUUGCUGUGUAGAUUGAGUGUCUUUCCCUAUCUUGGAUGGCCCCUCUAAAGAGGUUUGGACUUGACUCAAAUCAGGAGACCGUGUCUCUCCCUCCGCUCCUCCCCUUUGAUCCACAGGGACUGAGCAAGGCUACAUUCUGCCAAAUUGAGCAGAUCGUGCCAAGGUGGUGCUUUUCUGCCUACUAGGAGUCUUGUGAGAGCUUCUGGCUUUACAGUUGGAGGAAAUGGGGGUAGUUUUACAUUUGCUGCUUUUUCCAACAGUUCAAACUUUUUAAACAGAACAGUGGUUUCCUCUGCUCUGCCUCCUUUGCUGUUAUUCUCCUCCCUCCUCCUAGAUAGAUUUAGUAUGGGAAAAUGAUUUUUAGAGUUAUAAGAAUAAUUUCUGAGAGCCAAACUGAGUGACAUUCACUCAUAUAACCUUUUAUAUUUUUUCUUUUUGUCUCUCUGAAGUUCAUUCUUUGAUCCCGACCCCGGCUCGAGGUUCUUUCUCUGCCCGGUCAACAUGAUGGGCCUGCUGAGCUGCUUUCUUGACAUCUGAAGUCAAGUGUUCUGACUGAGCCAUUGACAAACAGGGUUAGGCAUUUUCCACAUGAUCGGUUCUUUUGCACACUGCGAAACUAGCUGGAAUCCAUUGGUAUCUCUGCUGUGAGGUUCCACACUGCUUUAAUUCUUUUUGUGUCAAAUAAUCACGUUUGCACCCGCAAUGGUUUCCAAAGGGCAGGGGGGGGGGGACAGUGUCAUUGCAGAUGAAGUUGGCAUAUUCAGACAACACCUAAAGUGUCAGUCUCAAACUGGUGAUCCCCCCCCCCCCACACACACACUUUCUUCUGGAAGUGCGACUGAUAUAUUUGCUUUUCUUUUUUCCUUUUUUUUCUUUUGUACCUCUAAUGUGCUCCAUGAAAAAAAAUGUCCUAAAAUGCAUUUUUCAUUCAAAGAAACCGCGUUCUCUUGCGUUGUUGCCUGUUAAUACUUUUGCUUUGUGUGCUGGGAAUGAUUGCAAUUUUUUUUAUGUAAGUCUUUGUAAUAUGCCGUGGAUGAGUGCUGAGAUGGUCUUCCAGGUAUAAACGUGCAUACAUAUCGCAGAACAAGAAAUGGGAAAAUCUGGGAAGUCUGGCUGUUUACUUGUAGGUCCCUGUUGUUUCUAUUACAAUGGGACACAUGGUGUGAUCUACAAAAUAUGGAAUGGUUAUACUGCCCAUUUGCAAUUUAGUGUAUGUUUAACUAUCCCCUUCCGGCCACUGCUUCUCAGUUCCUCCUAUCUGAUCAUGUCUGCUAGUUCAUGAGCAUCCAAUUUUAACAUUCACGGUAACAAAAAGCAGCUACUCUCAUUUUGUUGAGACAUCCAAAAACUUGUAAUACUUUUCUACAUGUAUCCUUUCUUUAUGCGAUUUCAAUAUUUUUGAUUUCUUAUAUACAUAGUGUACAAAUGUGUAAGAAAUUAGUUGUUCAUUUUGAAGAAAACAAAUAUUAAAGUGCAACAUGUUGCAAACAUUGCUUUA